AUGGCAAGGUUGAAUCUGGAUUGUCUUAAGACGCCAGACAGCAAGUUGGACAGUCCCAGAGAGCGAUUAAAGAAGCGGCCAAGCUUUCGGCUGAGCUUCAAGAGGAAGCCAACGGAACCCAAGAGAGAGAGGGUGGAGCACCGGGACUCCCUCAGCAACGCCAUCCCCGCCAAGAUCAUUCGGGCCACCUCCGUGAAGCCUCACACCCUCAACCCCAGGUGGAACGAGAAGUUCAGACUAGACAUCGACGACAUCAACUACGACAUCCUUCACUUGGAUAUAUGGGACCACGACGAUGAGUCCAGCGUAUUCGACGUGGUGAGUAAGCUGAACGAGGUGAAGGGUGUCAAAGGCCUCGGACGCUUCUUCAAACAGAUCGCCCAGUCGGCCCGGGCGGGGGGCGGUCAGGACGACUUCCUGGGCUGUGUUAACGUUCCUCUUCAGGACAUUCCCAGCACGGGCGUGGAUAAAUGGUACCCCCUGGAGGGCCGCUCGCAUAGGUCCAACAUCCAGGGCCAGAUUAACCUCAAGAUGUGGCUCUCUACCCGCGAGGACAGAGGCACGUCGGAGGAAGAGGUGACGGCCGAGGUGCGGCAACAUGACCAGAUCAUCACUACUUUCCUCCUGCACGAGCUCACCAAGUUCAAGGACGACACGGUCUCGUGGGACGGAGAGCUGAGCACCGCGGCCGAGAACAUCCUGCACCAGCACGCCAUCCAGGGUGACCUGACGCAGCUCCAGCAGGCCAUGUGCCGCUGGAUGGCGGUGUCCAGGACGCACACCACCAGGAGCCUCGACCACCGCAUCCUACACAGGCUUCUUCUCGCCCUACACGACCUCUGGGACACGGAGACCCUCAGCAAGGAAGAG